UUUCUUGUGUCUUGCAUCCCCCUUCCCCAGCCAUUUCUUAUCGUGAACAUUCCUCGAUCAUUCAACAUUCAACAUUCAACCUUCAACCUUCAACCUUCAACCUUCAACCUUCUGACCUUCUUUUUGGACAAUUUUGAUUUCCUUUUCUCUUUUGCCUCUGUAUUCAUUUAAACAAUCUCAUACAAUCUGGCGUGCAGGCAGAAGAAGAGGAUUACUAGAAGAUCAAGUAAUAGAUUAAAGUCAAGAUCUCGUUUGCCUCAUCUUCUCCAUCCACGAACUCCCCUUCCUCCUCGACCAACUCUUCUUACUAGGAUACGGGCAACAACCAAAGCCGAGAAUACUUUUGCGAAUUUUGUCAUUCCUCUAGCUGGUUUUUUGACCGCGGUGUCGACGCGUCUAUACGAUAUGGGUGCCUCUACCAAGAAGCUGCAGGAGCAACGGCAGCCGAGUGUAGUAGAACAAGUGCUAAAUAUGUGCACAUCGUCUUCGAGACAUGUAGAUGAUGGUUCAGAGGAAGCACCACUUCUUCGAAAAGAAGCCAAUAGCUCAGAAGACUCUUAUUCAACUUCUCGCUCUUGGAAAAUCAAAAGUCAAAACGCGAAAUGGAGAUGGUUUGCUCAAAAUACCUUUAGGGUUCUGGGCGUCUUGUUGGCAACAAUUAUGAUCGUUACUGCUUGUCUAUUCUUUACCGGUAUGAAUUUUUUGAUAUUCCUCACUUCACCGUCUAAUUGUCCUAAUCCAACUCCAACGUUAAAAGAUGUCCACAAAUUCUAUCUCAUUGUAGAGAUAUUCUAGGAUAAGUUGCGGAUCACUAACUUUGAAAUCAAACCAUAGUUUUCAUACCUCAGAAGCGAGUUCUCCAACAAAGUACAUGCGAUUCUCCAGCAUGCGUUCAUGCUGCUUCCGAGAUUUUAUACAACUUAUCUCCCAAAUAUAAGGAGCUUGACGCGUGCUCGAAUUUCGAGGAAUUGGUCUGCGGAGGGUGGAGAGAUCACCAUGAUUUGAGGCCUGAUCAAGGGGAUGCCUUCACAGGAACGAUCAUGAGUGAAAAUUCACAAACUUUAUUGAGGCAUAUUUUGGAGGGAGAAUAUCCCAAAGAAUCUAGGGUUAGCAACACUCAAUCUCCGGUAAUACGAUAUAGCUAAUAUAUGAUAGCACUCGAGCUUCUCUCCGGCCAUGUUAUCAACAUCUCCCGCUUCCCUGGACGAAGAGAAUUUUGACAAGCUUAAAGCAGGCUAUGAUGCAUGCAUGAACGAAACGGAAAUCAAGAGUGUCGGCAUCACCCCCUUGCAAGACAUAACUCAACAAGUGACGGAUAUCUUUUCGGCGGAAAAUUCUAAACACAUGCUCCUCAAGUCGGAGGAUUAUGGUAGCCUUGCGGAUACUAUAGAAUACAUGGCGAAAUUGGGGUCUUCGGCAUUUAUAUCAUCUGGCACAGGACCGGAUGACAAGGAUCCUGACACCGUCGUCAUCCAGGUUUCACCACCAUACAAAAUUGGUCUCCCAUCCAAGGAAUAUUAUGAUGAUGAAAAGGUAGUGAAGGACUAUACCCAAACGAUUGCAAAGGUCAUUCCCAAGUUUUUGCCAGAGCAUCAAACCUCUACCAAACAUUCAUCUGACAGUACUGGUAUACAAGAGAAAGCAACGAACCUUGCAGGUGGUGUAGUUGCCCUGGAGAAGAAGUUAGCAGCUGCCUCUCCAAAUAACGAGGACAGAAACGACGUCACGAAAUACUACAAUCCAAUGUCACUUGAAGAGGCUGAUAAGCUGACCCCAGAAAUUCAUCUUUCAGACAUAAUCCAUAGCUUGGUUCCCGCAGAUGUUCGACUCGAUCGCUUAAUUGUUGCAUCACCACAGUACAUGCAUGCGUUAUCUGGCAUACUGAACACUACUCCGAAAGAGGUAUUACAGACAUACUUCAUUUGGAAGCUUAUACAGACGUUCUAUUCCGAGAUCGAAGCAGAUGAGUUAAAACCAUACCGUCAAUUCAUCAAUGAGCUUCAAGGGAAAGAUCCAAAUUCGGAACCUGAACGAUGGCGCACUUGCGUUUCGCAUGUUGACGAUGGACUCGGCUGGAUUUUGAGUCGAUUCUUCGUUGAAAAGGCCUUUUCUGCUGAGGCCAAGGACUUUGGAGACCAAAUUGUCUCUGAUAUUAAAGAUAUGUUCAUUGAAAAGCUCAAGGCAACUACUUGGAUGGAUUCAAGUGUCGUUGAUUUAGGUAUUGAAAAAGUGCACAAAAUUGUUCAGAAAAUUGGAUAUCCCUCAAAGGUAUGUCGAUGUCUGAUAUUGUGAACUGCAUGUACUAAUUGUCGAGAUAGAGCCCAGACAUCAUGGAUCCGCAAUCUCUUCAUAACUACUAUGACUCGGUCAAGGUAUCGGAAUCAACUUACUUCAAAAAUUCCCUGGACAUGAGGCGAUUUGAAAUUGCCCGUGGAUGGUCAAGCUUGGGAAGACCAGUCGAUAGAGAAGAAUGGGGUAUGACGGUACCAACGGUUAACGCCUACUACAAUCCGCCAGGUAAUGAGAUUGUCUUCCCGGCUGGUAUCAUGCAAUUCCCAGUUUUCGACGUAGCAGUUCCUCAAUAUCUUAGCUACGGUGCUUUCGGAGCUGUUUCCGGACACGAAUUAUCACACGCAUUUGAUUCUACAGGUCGUCAUUAUGACCAAAAUGGAAACUACACAGACUGGUGGACACCAACUACAGUUGCCGCAUUUAAAGAACGCGCCCAAUGCUUCAUUGACCAAUAUGGUAACUACAGCAUUCCUGGUCCAGACGACAAACCCCUUUACGUCAAUGGUAAACUCACCCUAGGUGAAAACAUUGCUGAUGCAGGAGGAUUAUCUGCCUCGUAUGCUGCUUGGAAAAGACGUCAAGGAGAAAGUAAUGAUAAGAAUCAAAAUUUACCAGGAUUAUCGGAGCAUUUCUCACAAGAUCAAUUGUUCUUUGUUAGUUAUGCUAACUGGUGGUGUGGAAAGAGUACUAAGGAAACUGCAAUAAGUCGACUGUACACGGAUCCACAUGCGCCGAAAUGGGCGAGAGUAUUGGGGACGAUGGCGAACAGUAGGGAAUUUAAGAAGGCAUUUAGUUGUAAGGAGAAGGAACCGGUUUGUGAGUUGUGGUAGGGUCUGGGUGUUUGGAUGGUGGAGAUGGAAAUGAGGAUGUGGUAUGGAUUUGACCUGGCACGGUAGGAAUCUUGAUGGGAUGGGAUUGCAAUGGAGGUUGUUAGAUGGUAUGAUUAAGGCUAUUGGGAAAGGACUUCCAUGGAUGCAUGGGAAUUUGAUAAGAGAUUGUAUAUUGAUAUGGUUAGGAAGGAUACGUAUACGCAUACAUAUGGAUAUGGAUAUGGGGACGGAUAUGAAUACGAGAAUAGGUUUUAAUGCGAUGAAUUGAGGUUGGUCUUGGUAAUGGAGGCGUGUACAUGUAUAUGGUAUUAUACACGCGGAAGGAGAAACCGAAGAGAAAGGGUGUUGGUUAAUAUUAUAUGUUAUAACGUAAUUGAAAGUACUCAAAUAUAUAUAUAGUGUACGAAAAUGAAACUUUUUGCAAUUGAAUUUUAAAUUUACAUGUAAAUUAUUUGU